GUUAGUAGUGUGUGAGUGACAGAACACAAAAGAGAGAGAGAGAGUGAAGAAAGAAACCCCAAAAACUCAAAAACAAAACGGAAAAAAGAAAAGCACUUGAUUUCAUAUUUUUUUUCCUCUUCAGAAAAAAAACUUUAAUUUUAAGAUCUAGUUCUUCAAGAACAGACACCAUAAUUUUGUGUUAUAAUCCGAUACAGAGAGAUAUAGAUAGAUUGUAGAGAGGUUUUAGAUGACAUUGAAUUGAAUUCUUUGAUUAUUAUUGGAAGAAUUUUUUUAUUUUUUUAAAUUUUGUGUAUAUUUUGAUUUAAUGGCGACGACGGGAGGAAUUUUAUCCUUCGUAGAAGAUGUUCUUCAACAACAUGGAAAGAGGUCGUGUGAUUCAGAUUUAGCUUCAAGAAAAGCAGAAGAAUCAGCAAUGAGAAGAUAUGAGGCAGCUGGAUGGUUAAGAAAGAUGGUUGGAGUUGUGGGAGCUAAAGAUUUACCAGCAGAGCCAUCUGAAGAGGAGUUUAGGCUUGGAUUAAGAAGUGGAUUAAUUAUUUGCAAUGUUCUUAACAAGAUUCAACCUGGUGCUGUUCCAAAAGUGGUGGAAAGUGCGUGUGAUUCUGUUCUAGUACCUGAUGGUGCUGCUUUAUCUGCAUAUCAGUACUUCGAAAAUGUCAGGAAUUUCCUUGUAGUUAUUCAAGAACUGGGGCUUCCAAAUUUUGAAGCAUCUGAUCUUGAACAGGGAGGGAAGUCGGCGAGAAUUGUGAAUUGUAUUUUAGCACUUAAAUCCUACAAUGACUGGAAACUGACUGGUUGUAAUGGUGCAUUCAAAUAUGGUGGGAAUGUGAAACCUAAUAUCUCAACAAAAAGUUUUGUGCGUAAAAAUUCAGAGCCCUUUACAGGUGGUUCCUUGUCAAGGACUCAGUCUAUAAAUGAGAAAAGUUUGGAUGCCAAUGAUUCUUCUGAUAUGACUAAUCGUCCGUUAAAUACGCUUGUUCAUGCUGUUCUAUCAGACAAGAACCCUGAUGAAGUUCCUAUGCUGGUUGAAUCGUUGCUUGGCAAGGUUAUGGAGGAAUUCGAACGUCGCCUUGUGGCCCAGAAUGAAUCGGUGACAACAUCUGAGGUUAUCGGAUCUAACAACAGCAAACUUCUUUCCAAAGUUCCUACUGGUGAUAUGAAGAUUAAGCGAGAGGAAGAGCAACACGUUCUUGUUCAUAAGAAAGCAGAAGAACACCACACUGCACAGUUAACAAAAGUAAAUUCUGCUCUUGAAAACUCCAUCAGUUGUCAGGAAUCCAAAAACCGGCUUCUGAAGCAGCAAGUGCUUUUUGACCAACAAACAAGACAUAUUCAGGAACUGAGACAUACUUUACGUACUACAAAAGCGGGAGUGCAGUUUAUGCAAAUGAAGUACCACGAGGAAUUCAGUAAUCUUGGUAACCACCUUCAUGGCCUAGCUCAGGCUGCUUCCGGAUAUCAUAGAGUUCUGGAGGAGAACCGUAAACUGUACAACCAAGUACAAGACCUUAAAGGAAGUAUUAGGGUAUACUGUCGAGUGAGGCCCUUCCCACCUGGACAACCAAACCGAUCAAGCAAUGUAGUACACAUAGAAGAAGGAAACAUUACGAUUGUCGUGCCAUCAAAAUAUGGAAAAGAAGGACACAAGUCAUUCAACUUCAACAAAGUGUUUGGUCCAGCUGCAACUCAAGAGGAGGUAUUCGCAGAUACCCAGCCACUAAUCCGUUCGGUUCUUGAUGGUUACAAUGUAUGUAUAUUUGCAUACGGUCAAACAGGAUCUGGAAAAACCUACACCAUGAGUGGUCCUAAAGAACUCACAGAAGACGGCCUAGGUGUAAACUACAGAGCACUGGGUGAUUUGUUUCAUCUAUCAGAACAAAGAAAGGACACUUUUAGAUAUGAUGUUUCUGUUCAGAUGAUUGAGAUUUAUAACGAGCAAGUUAGAGAUCUCCUUGUUACAGAUGGACUUACCAAAAGAUUAGAAAUUCGAAAUAGUUCACGUGAGGGACUCAAUGUGCCUGAUGCGAACCUUGUUCCUGUUGCAUCAACAUCUGACGUUAUGGAGCUGAUGGAUAUUGGACAUAGGAACCGUGCAGUAGGUGCGACAGCUCUCAAUGACCGUAGUAGUCGUUCUCACAGUUGCUUGACUGUUCAUGUUCAAGGAAGAGACCUGGCAUCUGGGGCCGUUCUUCGGGGAUGCAUGCAUUUGGUUGAUCUUGCAGGGAGUGAAAGAGUUAACAAAUCUGAGGUGACUGGAGAUAGACUUAAAGAGGCUCAGCAUAUUAAUAAGUCACUGUCUGCUUUAGGAGAUGUAAUUGCUUCUCUCGCCCAAAAGAAUGCACAUGUUCCCUACCGAAAUAGUAAACUCACACAACUGCUCCAAGAUUCACUUGGUGGACAAGCCAAGACACUUAUGUUUGUACAUAUAAGUCCUGAAAUGGAUGCCAUUGGGGAAACAAUUAGUACCCUCAAAUUUGCGGAAAGGGUCGCCACAGUGGAGCUUGGUGCUGCCAGAAAGAACAAAGAAGGUGGUGGAGAAGUCAAAGAGCUAAAAGAUCAGAUUGCCAGUCUUAAAGCAGCACUUGCAAGGAAAGACGGUGGGAGUGCCGAGCUCCUUCAACCCAACAGUCCCGAUAGACACGUGAUAAAGGCUUGUGUAUCAUCACCACUGUAUCCUAACAAACAAUUUGGAGGAGAUAUGUUGGGCGGAAACAGCAACCGAAGGCAGCCAAUGGAGGAUGUGGGGAACUUAGAGUCAUGGAAUAACUCUACGUCGUCAACACCAAAAAAAUUUUUUUUUGAUCUGCAAGAGUUAAACUCGCCUCCCUGGCCCCAGGUCAACAGUUCUGGGUUUGGUUUCCAGAGGGAGGAUGAGAGAGAACGAGGAAAUGGGGAUUGGGUAGAUAAGGUAAUGGUAAACAAGCAGGAGUCAUUUCAUUUACGAGAUGCAAACCAACAUGCGAAUUGGGAAGGAGAUAAUAGGCAGUUGCCAGACUCCUUUUACCAGCGAUAUCUUGUGGAUUCAAGUAAAAAGGAUGGCCACCAAGAGUAUGACACUCAAAGAAGUCGUUUUGACACAGCAACUACAGAUGAUUCAGAUGAUGUUGAGGCUGCCACCAGUGAUUCUUCCGAACCAGACAUGCUUUGGCAAUUCAAUCCUCCAAAAGUUCCCACUACUACACCCACUAAAAUUGCGUCAAAGAUCAAGAAACCUCAGCCUAAAAUGGCAGCAAAGAGUCCAGAUUUAAGUGCUUUGUAUAGGAGUUCAAUUACCACGGUUGGUCCAUCACCAUCACGGAAAGUAGCGAAUGGUUUUGGCGGAGCACCUCUGCACCGAAAUGGGAGGCAGUUGGGCUCUGUUGAAAGUAAGCGAAGACCUGGAAAGUAAUAAAGACAGCAGUUUACAAUUGCGGAACAAUGUUGGGGAGUAUGUUCUGAGGUUUUCUUUUGAGUUUGUUUGAGUUGGAAAGAAAGAGAGAGAACAAACUUACAGAGAGGUUUUGCUGGUUGCUUCCAGUGGUGAGUGACACGUUAUAAUCCCGCGAAGCAAUGAUUCCAGUUGCUCGUGUUUCUAUUUAUAAGCGGUAGUUAAAUCUGUAGAGAGUUGAGUGUCCCCAACUUGUUCAGUUUUCUGUUUUCUUUAUAUGCGUCGAUUUAUCUGCAAAAUUAUUCUUCGCUGUGUAUUGUGUUAUAAAAGCUGAUCCAAGAAAGGAAAAGAGUGUCCACUAUUCAUGUA